UUUUCACAUCUAAGCCAUUCAUUAACUGAGCUACAGAAAAAAAUCAUAGAAGUAACGAUGGGUUACAUUCCCAUACUUCUUUUUUGCUUCUUUUCAUUGCUGAAUAGAGUAACGGCCACAGCCAUUGACAUCAUAAACACAACUCAGUUCAUCAGGGAUGGCGAUACCAUAGUUUCAGCAGAUGGAACCUAUGAAUUAGGAUUUUUCAGCCCUGGAAAGUCCAAAAACAGAUACUUGGGCAUAUGGUAUGGGAAAAUACCAGUUCAAACUGUAGUUUGGGUUGCCAAUAGAGAAACUCCCCUUGAUGAUUCGUUGGGGGUCUUAAAGAUAACACACAAAGGAAUUCUUAUCCUUCUCGAUCGCAGUGGGAGCGUGAUUUGGUCUUCCAACACAGCAAGACCUGCGAGGAAUCCAACCGCUCAACUUUUGGAGUCAGGAAACCUUGUUGUGAAAGAGGAGGGCGAUAACAACCUUGAAAAUUCCUUGUGGCAGAGUUUUGAACAUCCGACUGAUACGAUAUUGCCAGGCAUGAAGCUAGGAAGGAGUAGAAUAACAGGAAUGGAUUGGUCCAUGACAUCAUGGAAAUCAGAAGAUGAUCCUUCCAGAGGUAACAUUACAUGUAAACUUGCUCCUUAUGGAUAUCCUGACAUGGUUGUGAUGGAAGGUUCGGAAGUGAAGUACCGAUCUGGACUAUGGGAUGGUCUGCGGUUCAGUGGCGUGCCUAGCACAAAACCAAAUCCCAUAUACAAAUAUGAAUUUGUUUUCAAUGAGAAGGAGAUAUUUUACAGAGAAAGUCUUGUUGAUAAGUCGAUGCAUUGGAGGCUCGUGACAAGACAGAAUGGUGAUGUCGCGAGCUUUGCUUGGAUUGAGAAAAAACAAAGUUGGUUCCUUUAUGAAACAGCAAAUACAGAUAAUUGUGAUCGAUAUGCACUAUGUGGUGCAAAUGGUUUCUGUGAUAUUCAAAGCUCUCCAGUGUGUGAUUGCUUGAAUGGUUUUGUACCAAAAUCUCCAAGAGAUUGGGACGCGACUGAUUGGGCAAAUGGUUGUGUUAGAAGGACUCCACUAAAUUGUGCUGGAGAUGGGUUCCGAAAGCUCGCUGGAGUGAAGAUGCCUGAGACAAAAUCAUCGUGGUUUAGCAAGACGAUGAAUCUUGAGGAGUGCAGAAACACGUGCUUGGAGAAAUGCAACUGUACAGCAUAUUCAAAUCUGGACAUCAGGAAUGGAGGAAGUGGGUGCUUGCUCUGGUUCGGCGACCUGGUUGACAUUAGAGUUUUAGAUGAUAAUGAGCAAGAGAUUUACAUACGAAUGGCCGUAUCAGAACUAGUUGUAGAUAAUGGAGAUGGUGCCAAGAUAAAUAAAAAAUCCAAAGCGAAGAAAAGGAUCAUAAUAAGCACUGUGUUGUCUACUGGGAUUCUGUUCCUUGGCCUAGCCUUGGUCUUGAGUGUUUGGAUGAAGAAGCAGCAGAAAAACAGAAAAAUAGCAGAUGCUCUGGAAAGAAGUGCAGAUCAUAUGCACAAGGAAGAUCUAGAGCUACCACUGUUUGAUUUGGGUACUUUGGCUUGUGCAACAAAUAAUUUUUCUGUUGAAAAUAAACUUGGAGAAGGGGGUUUCGGAUCUGUUUAUAAGGGAACAUUAGAAGACAGGCGAGAAAUAGCUGUGAAGAGGCUCUCUAAGAACUCAAGACAAGGACUUGAUGAGUUCAAAAAUGAGGCCAAUUAUAUAGUGAAACUUCAGCACCAGAAUCUAGUGAAGCUUCUAGGAUGCUGCAUUCAAGGAGAUGAAAAGAUACUGAUCUAUGAGUUUUUGCCUAACAGAAGCUUGGACAUUUUUAUUUUCGCUGAUCAGAGCUGGAAUGAUUUGACUUGGGAAAACAAUUUGACAGAAAAUACACACAGCUUUCUACUAGAUUGGCCCAAGCGCUGCAACAUUAUCUUUGGGAUUGCUCGUGGACUGCUUUAUCUUCACCAAGAUUCAAGACUAAGAGUAAUUCAUAGAGAUCUGAAAGCCAGCAAUAUUUUAUUGGAUGAUGAACUAAACCCAAAAAUCUCAGAUUUUGGCCUGGCUAGAAGUUUUGGAGGAAACGAAACUGAAGCCAAUACUAAUAAAGUGGCUGGUACAUAUGGCUACAUAUCCCCUGAGUAUGCAAAUCAUGGACUCUACUCACUAAAAUCGGACGUCUUCAGCUUCGGCGUAUUGGUGCUAGAGAUAGUGAGUGGGAACAGGAACAGAGGAUUCAUUCAUCCAGACCACAGCCUCAACCUUCUAGGACAUGCAUGGAGAUUGUUUGAAGAAAACAGGCCUUUGGAACUGGUUGCAGAAUCACUAGUAAUAGCGUGCAAUUUAUCUGAAGUGCUACGUUCGAUUCAUGUGGGUUUAUUGUGUGUGCAAGAAAAUCCAGAAGAUAGGCCAAACAUGUCAAAUGUUGUUCUGAUGUUACGUGAUGAUGAUACUCUGCCUCAGCCUAAACAACCAGGUUUCUUCACUGAAAGGGAUCCGACUGAAGCAAGAUAUUCAUCCAGCCUGAGCAAACCAUGUUCAGUUAAUGAAUGCUCGAUUUCAGAGUUAAGACCAAGAUAGAUUGCAUUUUGCGCUGAUAUUUUGUAUUGUUUCUAGAUGGUUAUUCUCUACUUUUCGAAAUAUUAAUUUGUGGUUAUGUUCUAGGCAUAUAUAAUUCAGCCAUCCCACAAAGAAAUAAUGUAUUUUGAUCAACUAUGGUAAUAUAUGUAUGGUAUUUAAGGCUGGUGUAAUAAAAGGUACGCAUGAAGUGUAAAGAAAUGGAGCUUCAAGUUAUUUAA